CUAUAGAAAUGCAUUGUUUGGUUUGGGGAAUUAACCCCAACAUGAGCAUUAUCGAGUGUAUAUCUGGGCUUACAGAGAAGCUCGAUGGGGUUGAAUAGGUUUUCUCGGUUCGCGCGGUGCUUUAUUGUCGUAUUUCUUCAAGUUUCGCGCGAAACAGUCCCAUUCGGCUGUCAGAAAGUCUCUAGCUCGGGGACGUCCCAGCCUUGGCUACUUUGAGACCUAGGGAGUUCAACUCCCACAAUUCACCCGCAAGCAUGGCUGGCCGGGGAAUUGUGGGAGUUGAAGUUCACAGGUCUGAAAAUGACCAAGGUUGGAAGCCCUUGCUGUAGCUCAAGGGAAAACUGGAUGAAGUUUGACAGGUGAGAGAUGGAAAGUUCAUUUAUGGAUGAUGAAGAGGAUUGCCCUGAAUUGAUUCCCAUAAAGGAGCCAGCAAUAAAGGAUAACGUAGAAGACAUUCAAUCAAGUAACAACUUUAAGAUUCCUGUUACUAUCAUCUCAGGAUAUUUAGGUGCAGGAAAAACUACUCUUCUUAAUUACAUUUUGACUGAACAACAUAGCAAGAGAAUAGCAGUUAUUUUAAAUGAAUUUGGUGAAGGUAGUGCAUUGGAAAAAUCCUUGGCUAUAAGUCAAGGUGGAGAACUCUAUGAAGAAUGGCUGGAGCUCAGAAAUGGCUGUCUUUGCUGCUCAGUAAAAGACAAUGGUUUGAAAGCAAUUGAAAAUUUGAUGCAGAAGAAAGGGAAGUUUGAUUACAUUUUGCUAGAGACAACCGGAUUGGCAGAUCCAGGUUCUGUGGCCUCCAUGUUUUGGGUUGAUGCUGAAUUGGGAAGUGACAUUUAUCUUGAUGGUAUAAUAUCUGUUGUUGAUGCAAAGCAUGGGCUACAGCACCUAAAAGAAGAAAAACCGACAGGCCUUAUUAAUGAAGCUGCUAGGCAAGUGGCCUUAGCAGAUCUUAUCAUUAUCAAUAAGGUAGACUUGGUUUCACAAGCUGAACUGAUGAAAUUAAGAACAGCUGUCUGCGCAAUAAAUGGAGUUGCCAACAUUUUAGAAACUCAGCGCUCAAGGUAAUUAAGACAAUGCUAAAUUAACUACUUUUCCCUACUAUUGUGAAUAAUAUACGUUAAUCUGAAAAGUGUAUUUUAUUCAGGAAUCUAUUCUUUAUGCAAGAUAUGAACAAUUUAGUAAAUUGUUUGCAUAAUUUCUAUUAUUACAUACUUUUUAUUUAAUAUACAUUCGGCUAUACAGAUGCUCCCAUCUGGUUCAAAAAAAUAGAGGGUUUAGUGCAUUAGGAUGGUAGAACGUAUUAGUGUGGGUUUGUGUGCAUGAAUGUGCGCACGGCUUCAAGUCAGGUUGAUUUCUGGCGACUGCCUGAAUAAGUUACAGAAAUUAUUUGCCAUUUAUUUCCUCCUUCCUAGACUCGGAGAAAAGCAGCUGACCCAAGGUCAUAACUGUCUUGAGUUCCUAAACAGGAUUAGAAUUCAGUCUCCUGUUUUUAACCUAGUGAGAGCAUAUAAUUAGAUAUAAUAUAAUACAUUAUCUAGUCCAACCCUUAGCUGGCCAUUCAAUCCCCACCAGAUUGUUCAAAACAUUGUUACUGGACCCUUGGACCACCAGGUACAUUUAAAAUUAAACUGAGUAGAGUUUAUGUAACAAAGCAAAUAGGAUUUUAUUAACUAUAGAAUGUGUUAGGUUUGGGCAGUGAAGAGGCAGGAGACGAUGCAAGUGACAACAGCUCUUUAUUUAUUGUGAAUCCCAUCAAAAGCCAACAGGCAAAAACCUCUCUUUAUAUAGUAGUUUGGCUGAAGCAUCAGCCAAUCAGCAACGUGCCUUUUCCCGCCCAAAUUUCCCUCUUAAAAUUCAAAUACAUUACACUCCUCCCCUCCUAGAACACAUUUAGCCAUAUUUACAUAAAAUUUGCAUGUUAUUUUUCCAUGUAGUCACGCAGGUAGACAGGGCGUCUCCUAACUCUUUCUGACCUGCGCAAAUCAUUCCCUGGGAGUGAGGGACUGUUUGUUCCUCCCAGCUUCUCCUCUGGGCCCUCCGGCCCUGGAUUAAUGGCAGAGUCGUCCCUGCUGUCCUCUGGAAGAGCCGGUUGGCGUCACUGGACUUCCUCUGAAUCAGCUAAGUCCUCCGAUCGCCUCGGGAUUGAGCUAGCUGUUGGUUCAAAUAUUUGGUAGUCAGGGUAUGGCUGUUUGGUUUCUGGAUUGUUUUGCAUUCUUUUUCGUAAUUGAUCUAUGUGGCGUCUCCACACUCGGCCAUCCCCCAGGUCCACUAAGUAUGACUUUGGGCCCGUCACUCCUACAAUUGUUCCCCUAAGCCACGCUGGGCCCUCACUAUAGUUAUGUGCCCAUACCGGGUCACCUGUUGUCAUUGUUCUGGUUUUUCCUUUCGUGCUGUGGUACCCCUCAGGGGAGUAUGUUGGGUUUAACCGAUCUAGGGGACACCGGAGUCUUCUACCCAUUAAUAACUCCGAUGGGCUGCGACCGGUGGUCACACAGGGAGUUCUGUAUUGGACUGCCAGGAAGGUGUCAAUUUUGGAUUGCCAAUCUCCUGGGCUAAUUCUAGAUAGUGCUUCCUUGGCACUGCAUUUGAAACGUUCUGCAAGUCCGUUUGUCGCCGGGUGGAAAGGUGCCGAGAGGACAUGCCGAAUGCCCUCUCCGGCCAAGUACCCCUCAAACUGGGUGGCCGUAAAUUGUGGGCUGUUAUCAGACACUAUGGUAUCGGGCAACCCGUGUGUCACAAAUAAAUGCCUCAAAACUGUGAUUGCAGCUUCAGCUGUUGUGGUUUUCAUGAGUAUAAUUUCUAACCACUUCGAGUAGGCAUUUACCACAAUCAAGAAGGUUUGCCCAUGGAACGGCCCGGCAAAAUCUAUGUGGAUCCUUGAUCAAGGUCCUUGGGGUUUUUCCCAUUCCCUUAUUGGGGCUGUAGGGGGUAGUGGUCUUGAUUCUUGGCUUGCUUGGCAUUUCCCCACCCGGUCACUAAUGUCAUUGUCCAUUUUCGGCCACCACACAUAGCUUCUCGCCAAACUUUUCAUCCUCACAAUCCCUGGGUGGCCCACAUGUAAUAAUUCUAAUACCUGCCCUUGUAAUUUCUCUGGAAUAACCACUCUAUCCCCCCACAACAAACAACCCCCUUGUACCGACAGUUCCGAAUGCUUUUUUGUAAACUCUUUAAAACGAUCCCCUGGUGCAGUGGGCCAUCCCCUCUGCACCCAACCGAUCACAGUUCUUACAAUAAUAUCUUUGUAGGAUGCCCUAGUCACUUCCGUGGAUGUGACCGGGCCAGAGUCCAAAGAGUCAAUUAGUAAUACUGGUGUCCCUGGGGUUGGGUCUUCAAUAGUUUCUGGCAACGGGCAUCUACUUAGAGCGUCUGCAUGUCCCAAGUCUUUGCCCGGUCGGUGAGACAGUCGGUACGAGUAUGCUGCCAGGAAAAUAGUCCAACAGGUCAGCCUGGGCGAUAAGGCGACCGGUGUUGGAUGGUCCCCCGCCAAGAGUCCCAAUAAUGGUCUGUGGUCUGUAACUAUUUCAAAUCGCCGCCCAAACAGAUACUCGUGGAAUUUCUUUACCCCUGAGACUAUGGCAAGUGCCUCCCAGUCUAAUUGGUUAUAGUUCCUUUCUGACCAACGUGACUCCUCGAACAGGGAUUCGGUUUCCCUGGUAGUCUUGCACUCUCAGCUUUUGGGGUUGCAGCUGGCGUUUCACGACUUCUGGCCGGUCCCUCGCGAUUGUGUCCCAAGACAUAAUCGUGAUUGAUGAGCCGGUAUCCACCUUCAUUUUACACUGCACUCCUUCGAUGUAGGUCUUAGUGAAUAUUUUCUUUUCUAGCCGUGCCGAUGCGUAGCCCACUCGCACAGUGGUGUGAUUCGACUUCGCGCCUUUUUUGAACUGGCCAAUCCCUGGCCGCUUCGCGGAACCGGCGCCCUGUUGAUUGGCCGGUUUGAAUUUUUGGCGGGAAGGUUGGGAGGCGCAGCAGGCCUGAGCUAUAUGUCCUUUCUUUUCACACCGCCGACAAAUUGCGUCCUUGAACCUGCAAUUCUGUCGUUGGUGUUGGCCUCCGCAACUCACGCACUCGUCACGGUUGCCUCUUUCCGGCCUCCCGGUGUGGAAAACCUCUUCCUCUUCUUCAUCUUCCCAUUCUGCCUGGAUCUCUUCGCUGUGGACCGGCGUUGCUUUCACUGAGGAGUUUGGUGCGUUCGGCUUCUGUAAGGUUUCCGCCGCUUUGGGGUACAUCUCGUGCGCCCUGGCCUCAUCCAGGGCUAUCGCUAGGGUUAGGUUGCUUUUCGGCAGCAGCCGCCUCUGUAGUCGGAUGUCCCUGACCCCACAAAUGAGUUGUUCUAAUAAAGUGUCCUCCAAGUCCCUAUACUCACAGUGGGUUGCGGCUUUCCUUAAUGCGGCCAUGUACAUGCUUAUCGAUUCGCCCUCUCACUGAACUCUUUGCCUUAGCUCGAAACGUUGUACGAACUUCGAUGGCACCGGCGCGUAGUGUGCUCGUAGCGUCGUCUGUAGCACUGGCCAUGGCACCAACUGGUGUUGGUUCCGACAGCGAUUUGGCGGUAUCGAAGACUUCUGGCCCACAGUGGCUCAGGAAGUAAGCACGCUUCCGAUUAUCCGAUACUCCUUGCAGUUCGUUGGCUUCGAGGAAAUACUCGAAACGAGCCAUGUACGACCCCCAUUUCUCUUUGGCUGGGUCGAAUGGCGCUGGCGGCAUAUAGCUAGACAUCACUAUGUAUCCGCUCUGGAUGACUGGCUGAGUUUGAAACUAAGUUGCUCCUUCAGCUCUUUUCCUAGUCUCACUGCCUUCAAUAUCCCACCUUCGUCGCCAAUGUUAGGUUUGGGCAAUUGAAGAGGCAGGAGACGAUGCAAGUGACAACAGCUCUUUAGUUUAUUGUGAAUCCCAGCAAAAGCCAACAGGCAAAAACCUCUCUUUAUAUAAUAGUUUGGCUGAGGCAUUAGCCAAUCAGCAACGUGCCUUUUCCCGCCCAAAUUUCCCUCUUAAAAUUCAAAUACAUUACAGAAUGUAUCUCAAGUAAUUAAUAACUUUACUGUUUUCUAUAUUGUAGUAAUUUAAAUUUAAAUUUACUAAAUUGAUUAAAGCUAAAGUGUAUAAAUUGUAUUAAUUAGUUUGGAAAAAAGUACAUCAAUAAGAAAAUAGUAUACCAAACAUUUAACAGCCUUUCUUUUUAUUCUCAACCCUAAGUAGCAGUUGAUAUAAGCAAAGCGUUCAACAUUUCCCAAAACAAAAAUGCAAUUGAUAACGAGAUCUAAUGAAGUUAUCAUUACAUUCUGAAUUCUUAUCAUGCAGUGUUUAAAAAUUUGCUAACAUUUAAAUGUACCAUAGGUACUCCUAACUUAUGACUACAAUUGAGCCCAAAAUUUCUGCUGCUAAACAAGACAGUUAUUGAGUUUUGUGCCAUUUUAUAACCUUUUUUACCAUAGUUAUUAAGGGAAUCAUGCAGUUGCUAAGCAAAUCUGGCUUAUCCCAUUGACUUUACAUGUCUGAAACCAGUUGGGAAAGUUGCAAAUGGUAAUCACAUAACCCUGGGACAGUGCAAAUACAUGCCAGUUGCCAAGUGCCCAAAUUUUGAUCAUGUAACAAUGGGGAUGCUACAAUGGUUGUAAAUGUGAAAAAACAUCAUAAGUUGCUUUUACAAUGCCGUUUUAACUUAGUGUUCAGUCACUAAAAUGAAUGGUUGUAAUUCAAGGACCCCACUGUAUAGGAAUAUGUAGCCCUUUAGAUAUUGCUAGUUAAUAAUAGAAGUUGUAAACAUCAGUACUUGCACUUUACAUAUUUUUUUGUAGUACUAAUUCAGGAAGGAACAAAACACAACAGAUGUUAACAGAAGAAUGUAGAUGAUAUCACAUGAAUGUUCAUUCAGUCUAAUGCAAACAAAGUUCUUGUGUAUUUUUGCUUAUCUAAAGAUGCUGGAAGGCAUAUGAUCUAAUCCUGUAUUGACUUAGAUCUAUUGGAUUAUUGCACUCAUUUUUCCCCUAUGUAACUUGUUCUAGAAAAUAUUUUUCCAAAUAGUAUAUGCAAAUUUAUAAGAGAGAUAACAUUAUACAACAGGUUGCAGAGAACCUUGUAGAGAUCACUGUAGAGAUCUGACAGCAAAAUGUUAUGAAACAAUUUUUUGUUAUUUACUCACCAGAUGAAUACUGCAUUUCCAAACAUUUUAAUCCCAUUAACAGGUCCAUUGAUACAAUUUCAUUAGAAAUUCAGAUCUGCUCCAGGCUGGAGUAUUUAUGUCCUGCUGCUAAACAGUUGCUUUAUGAACAUUCUUUUCUGUAGUGACUGUCAUAUUGGCUUAUAGGGAUUACAGUCUUUAUCAUUCUUUCUUUUGUUGAGUUAGGAAGGUGGACUGGAAUGUGUGAAAUAAUUUCAGCAAUUUAACACUCUAACUCAGUCUUUCUCAAUCUUGGCAAGUUGAAGAUGGGUGGACUUCAAAUCCCAGAAUUCGGAAUUGAAUUGAAUUCUGGGAGUUGAAGUUCACCCAUCUUCACUUUACCAAGGUUGAGGAACACUGCUCUAACUUGACAUUCUCUAACUUAAAGCUCCCAGAAUCGAUACUAUAGCUUUUCUUAGUGCCUUUAUUCUGCCAGCAUGACAUAUUGUAAAGUGUAGUAGUAUUAAAUUUAGAUUUUUUAAAAGGUCUCUACCUUCAAAAUUAGAAAUUAUUUGGGGAUGACAAACUAUUCAUAAGUUCUAAAAGUAUUGUUAACGUGUCCACAGUGAAGGUAAUUAUAAAGCACUCUGCAAUUUCUCAUUUUCCGGACUUUGCUUUUUAAAGUCAAAAGUUGGUUUAGAUAUUUCUGAACAAACUUUGGAAUAAUAGAAAUGUCAGUGUUGUAACGACUAUGCUGCGCAACUUUCCUGACAACAAAGAAUUGUUGAGGGCUCUGUGAAGUUUCUUACAUUCCCACAAAUUUAAGAGUUAAAGCAAGCCAUUCCUGCAAUGCUAGAGAAACUGAAAGAAGAUUGACUUUUCU